AGAGCGGAGGAUGGGCUUGGAGUGACCGGUUGCUCGUUUCUUCUCUCUCUCUGCCCGCGGCCCUGCGUGUGCCUGGUCCUCGUCGCCUGCGUCCCUUGUUCUUGCAAUCGGCUCGCUCUCCAGAACAUCUUCCAGCAUGGCAACCUCCACAAGCUCCCAUCUGAACAAAGGCAUCAAGCAGAUGUACAUGUCCCUGCCGCAAGGCGAGAAGGUCCAAGCAAUGUACAUCUGGAUUGACGGCACUGGUGAGGGCCUGCGAUGCAAGACCCGGACACUUGACUGCGAGCCCAAGAGUGUGGAAGAGUUGCCUGAGUGGAAUUUUGAUGGCUCCAGCACUUUCCAGUCUGAAGGUUCCAACAGUGACAUGUAUCUCGUCCCAGCUGCCAUGUUUCGGGACCCUUUCCGCAAGGAUCCCAACAAACUGAUCUUCUGUGAGGUCUUUAAGUACAACCGAAAACCAGCAGAGACCAAUUUAAGACACACCUGUAAACGCAUCAUGGACAUGGUGAGCAACCAGCACCCUUGGUUUGGGAUGGAACAGGAGUACACGCUCUUGGGCACAGAUGGGCACCCUUUCGGCUGGCCCUCCAAUGGCUUCCCUGGGCCCCAAGGUCCCUACUACUGCGGUGUAGGUUCCGACAAAGCCUAUGGGCGUGACAUUGUGGAAGCUCAUUACCGGGCCUGCCUAUAUGCUGGCAUCAAGAUCGGGGGGACCAAUGCUGAAGUGAUGCCUGCUCAGUGGGAAUUCCAAAUCGGACCCUGUGAAGGGAUCGACAUGGGUGAUCACCUGUGGGUGGCCCGUUUCAUCUUGCACCGUGUGUGUGAAGACUUUGGGGUGAUCGCCACCUUCGACCCAAAGCCCAUUCCUGGGAACUGGAAUGGUGCCGGCUGCCACACCAACUUCAGCACCAAGGCUAUGCGUGAGGACAACGGGCUCAAGUUCAUCGAGGAGGCCAUUGAGAGACUGAGCAAGCGACACCAAUAUCACAUCCGCGCCUACGACCCCAAGGGGGGCCUGGACAAUGCACGGCGCCUGACGGGCUUCCACGAGACCUCCAACAUCAACGACUUCUCGGCCGGAGUGGCAAACCGAGGCGCUAGUAUCCGCAUCCCUCGGACUGUGGGCCAGGAGAAACGGGGUUACUUUGAGGACCGCCGUCCUUCCGCCAACUGUGAUCCCUUCUCCGUGACGGAAGCCAUUGUCCGUACGUGUCUGCUCAAUGAGACCGGGGAGGAGCCGUUCCAGUACAAGAACUAAAACGGACUCGCCUCGCACACCAUGCCCCCCACCCCUAACCAAGCACCCCCCCUUCCCCUACUCCCUCCCAAAUAGCUGUAAAUGAAUAGUUGGGAAACGCUGGUCUUUUUCUAUUCCUCGUGCCUCAUUAAGAUGGCUCGGCUUCUUUGGCCAAGGGGCCCAGGAGCCCCAGUUCCUAAUCUCUUCACUGCCACCUCCUUGAUUUCCUCUCACUGAACUUUCUAGAACAAGUGUUAGUGGGGCGGGUGAGGGAACCUAACCACUGGCUUCCACCUAUGUGUCAGGUGUGCACGUCUGUAUUGGGGGGAAAGGAGAAAGCUCUUGCAGGGGAGCCCAAAAAGGGAGGGUUAUGGAGGUAUACACUGACCCCAGGGUGCAGUGAGAUGAGAACCCUUCUUUCUCCCACUUGAAGGCCCUCCCAGUGCCAGCAGACUCUUAGCUCUACCUGUGAAGAAAAAAGUUAUAGUGUGGCCUGUUUUUAACCCCAAAGCAGAGUAGUAUUUUUAUAUUUAAAUGUAAAACAAAAAUUAUCUCUGCGA